AUGCUGGACGAAACUGGCGAUUCCCGAGACUUAAAUGGAGUCAGCGGUGGCAGCUUCCGCUCUAAUGCAAGCUCUGGGACGGGUUCAGGAGGACGCACUGGGCUCUCAGCUUCGCGCCUAGACGGCAGCGGCCUUGACGGCACCACCUCUAUCGCCUAUUCUGAUGAUGCUUCUCAUCGACACGGUAAAGCGCAUGGCACCCAGUCGGCCGCGGCUUCGCAGCGCGGUACAUCUAUCGGCCACAGCAGCGCACUAUCGCAGAGCAACAUGGCCGGCUCCGUAGUCGGCAAAUCGGGCGAGGACGCGGAUAAGUCUGAAUCCGAGUCCGGGAAUAUCCCGGGGGAGUCAGAGACUGAGUCAGACGAGGGCGGCGGGGAUAGCGCCUUCGUGUCCGGUUCCAUCUUGGCGUCUGAGCGCUCUGGAGCCAGCAAACCGCGCGUGGCAGCUUCGCCCAUGACCUCUAACCGUGCGCCCUCUGCCACCAGCGGCCGCGGAGACGGCAGCCGCCUCGCCUCUGAAACCAACUUCGCCUUUGGUGAAGCGGAGGAGGAUGUCGGUUCUGUGGUUUCCAAGGCGGCGUCCUCCUCGGCAGGGCCCGCCUACCGAUCACCCUCCCUGGCCAGCGCAACUGGCCGUGGCAGCCGAACGGGUUCAGAAUCAAGCCGCAGCAUGGUUGCCGGUGAUGAUGACGGCAAUACCUCGGUGACAGGAUCUGUUAGCAAGGCCAGCAAGACCCGAAGUUCGCCGCUAUCGCACCGUUCAGGAACCGCUGGGGGACCCCCCGGUAACUCGGACAGUAACCUGGGAUUCAGCGGCUUCAGCAUGCCCGGUACCAAAAGCACCGCCGCCGAGGAUGACAAUGGUUCGGUCACAGGCCGGUCACACAGGACGACGACUGGGGCUGGCAGCGUGGUGAGCGGCAGCCGAGAUGGCACGUCGUAUGAUAAAUAUGAGGAUGAACCGGCGGCGACAGCGCCGAUGCCGACGCGCCGGCGGUCGUCAUUUGCCAGUUCGCUGCGCCAAUCAGUGGCCUCUCACAAGACCAUGUCGCCAUCAGGCAGUGAUGAGGAGUACAGCCGCAGCGGCAGCGGUGAGGGAGAUGGUGAAGUUACGGGCGGUGUGAGCAUGAGCCAGAGCCGUUUCGGAGACGACGCCAUGAGCACACAAUCCGAAUACAGUGGCGCUUCGUCGAAGGCCCGCAGCGGUGCGUCCGGCGCAACUGGCAAAUCGGGCCACUCCGCAGCGCCGUCAUCACACACAGUGGAGAGCGCACGUUCACGCUCUACAGGGGGCACGAAAAAUGAUGACUAUGACGAAGACAAGUUUGAAGAGGAAGAGGUCCCUGCUGAGGAUGACGAGGAGGAGCAGCAGAAGGCGAAGUCCGAGGUGGGGUCGAUGGCGGCAACAUCGUCUGCGGGAGCGAGCGAGAGCGUCGUCACCGCAUCGUCAGUAAGUGGGAGGAGCAGCCGCGUCCCAGCCGCAGGUGCAUCAAAGCAGACAAGCCCCGGCAGCGGCCGGCCACAAUCGGCGUCAAGCCGCCAAUCCAACCGCAGCACAGCACGACCGCCGCCGUCAGCGGCUGCCGCAUCCAGCGCAGCUGGCUACAGCCAGGAGUCAUUCGACGGGCCCAGCAACAGCGACCGCCAUACGCCUGCUGCAAUGUCCAUUGCGCCAACGAACGAUAGUGGUGACCUUCAGCACCACCACCAUGUAGACGAUGAUGGUGCCGGGAGCAGCAUCAGUGCGGCCGGUCGUAAUGUCCAUAGCCUCCACCACGUCAAUAUGAGCGCGAGUGGCAGUAUCUUCCAGCCACCGCCAAGCGGGGGCACCACACCCAGCAGCCGCGGCGGUCGCAGCGGGGUCUCCAUCUUCCGCCGUCUGCCUGCGGAUGCGCCAGAUGAGGUGGACACCGGCAGCGGCGUCGCCAGUGCGGCAACCGGCCUGCCGCCGCGCUCACCCUCUGUCCGCAGCUCUAUGGCCGGAGGCGCCGGAGGCGCCGCCACGGAUAACGGUGACUGGAACGAAGGCGCCAUACGCGUCGCGCCGCCGGGGGCAUCGCGCUUGGGCAAUGUACGGCUGGGUACGGAGCACAGCGCGGGCGCAACAGCUGCAGCAGCCGCCGGCACCCGCGUUCGUCCCAUGUCUGCGGCGCCGCGUGACCGGCAAUCGGCAUUGCUGGAUGGCCUGAUCCGAAAGCAUCCCGCAACCUGGGACACCGUUGAUGUGGCCACUUGGGUGGAUUUCCUGGGCCUGGGGCAGUACCGCAGGCGCUUUCUACACCACUGCAUUGACGGCCGUCUGCUGCUACGGCUCAACGACGCGCAGCUCAAGACAGAGUUGGGCAUCGGACCCAUGGGCCAUCGCGCUGCAAUUUUGGAUGCAGCAGCCAACCUCAUCAAGAACUACAAAGAGGCGCAGCACGACCGCAUUGCUGCCGGAGAGAUUGGCGCCGAGGAUGACGACGAUGCUGUUGCUGACGCAGCAGCCGGCAGUCGCCAGGACGGCCAGCGUUCAAGCACCGCCCCGCGGCCGCGGCCAGCCAGCGCCCGACGGCCGGCGUCAGCGUCGCGUUCGGUCAUACCCCCUGAUCCCUUCCUGGGCCCUGCCAUGGGCAAAAUCACGGUGUACGAGCAGCGGUCCAAGUUGCUCUUUGAGCUGGACCGCGCACAGGCCCGCGCCGAGCAGCACCGUGCACUGGCGGAGCAGCUACGCUACACAGCUACGCUCUCAUCUGAGGAGGUAGCCCACAUCCGGGGCUUGCUGCUGGAGAUCGAGAAGAAGAACCGCGCCGCCUUUGACCUGUCAGGCACCUUGGACUCGGCAGCACGCGUCCCGUGGCGCCACGUGGGCAAAGGGACCAAGCUCAACAACUGGUACCCCGAGCGCUUCGGCCGCCCCGGCGAUCCGGAGACCGUCGAUCUGACCUUCCAGCCGCGGACCAACCCAGAGAGCCGGAAGAUGCUGGGAGGUGGCGACUACGGGGAGAAUUCGGGCGCGGUCAACUCGUUCCUGGACCGUCUCAACAAUGACCUGCGCAAGCGCGAGCAAACACGCAAGGAAUUGGAAAAGCGCUAUUACGGCGAUAACGCCAAUCCGAUGUCCCAGGCGGAGUUGGACUUCAACCUGGUCUCGGAGCAGCUGCAGAGUCGCUGCCGCAUUACCCUGGAUCGCGACCCGGCCGAAUACGAGGGGCAGAUUGAUGAGGCCAUGGAUAAACUUCGUGCUGGCGAGAGCUGGCGUGAGGCGGGCCUUAAGGAGGGCCCCAUCCGUGCCGCCAAGGGCCCUGCUAAGAUUGCAGCCCUGGCUACCGCUCUGCGGUCCCUGUCCUUCAUGGAGCGAUACCGUUCAGACCUCAGGUCUAAGAGCGGCCGCAUGCAGACUCUGGAGCGCAAGUGGAUCAACCAGACGCUGGGUGCUCAGUACCUUCCAGGCGGUAAGGACAAAGAGGACAUGGAGGAGGCAGCCAAGUUCUUUGCUCUACUGGGUUGGCGCGAUUCGGACGGCAGCCCAUCAGAGGACGCAAUUGACACGGACCUGUUGGACCGCCUUUUGGACCGCGCGCUGGAGUAUCGCAAGCGCUUCGACGCAUGGUGGGAGCGCGUGCGUGACAAGGCCGAGGAGCGCGCAGCGGGCUUCAAAUGUGACGUGAACUGGUUCUCUUCGCCGUGGGACACAGACGGCCUUGCUGUGCUAAUGGAUGCCGAGAUGAAGCGCAUGGGCGACGGCGGCCGCGGCGCGGCGGGGGGAGGUGGAAGCAUGGACUUUGUGGAGUUCACUGUGGGGCUGCUGGGCAAGUGCCGAGAGGACGACUUGCGCCGCCUGCAGGCACUUAACCCCAAGCCCAAGCGUCUGGGAGUGUACCGUGCGAUCCGAACCCAGAAAUUCAUCGAGUUCACGCAGCGGGACCUGGAAGAGCGGGACCGCAAGCUUCGGCAGGCUUACGACGCCUUGGCGCCCACACGCCGCAAGGUCGAGCCGACACGCAUUGAAGGAUUUUUUGAGCGCUUGGUGGAGGAUGCAGCGCGGCGGCGAGCCAAGGCUGAAAAGAUUGAGCACGAAAAAGUGCAGAAGGAGAAGGAGAUUCUGCAGUCCUCAGUCAUGUUUGGCAGGCUGCGCGCAGUUCGCUAA